AUGUUCAGGAAGGUUUUGAGUAGUAGAGGGAUAUUAAAAUUCCAAAAGGUGACGAACAACAGGAAUUUGCACCAGAGCUUAAGAGUUUUAAAUGCUAACCCAUUUUUAUACACCAAUGAUUUUUCUGCCUUAGAAUCUAAAAUUGAUAAGCAUUUGUUGAAGAACGAUGAAAUAGUAUCACAAGAAACAGUGGUGGACGCUAUUAAGGCAUGUCAAAAUGUACAGCAAUCUAUUCAUGAUUAUGAUAAAUUUUGGGAGGACCCAACCAAUAUUAAAAUUAACGAUAAAAUUCAGGAAAUCUUAAGUAAUGAAAAAGUGGAAUUUAAUAAAGAAUUAUUGACUAAAGUUUUCUUGUUGAAGCUUCCUAUCGCCACAUACGUACAGAUUAUCGAAACUUUUUAUAAGAGGAACCCUAAGGCAUAUAUUGACAAAUCGAUCGCGUUGAUACCUUUCCGUUAUUGUUUAUUCAACGGUGAUCUAAAGAAUGCAUUGAAAAUAACUGACAUGACCACCGGGCAUAAAAACUACGUGGACCAGAAAAAUAAACAGCUUAGAUCUGGUGUUCUUAAAUUUGCCAGUUCUGCCAUUGGUAUUACACUUUUCUCCAAGGUUGGGGUUCAAGAAAUAAUUGAAUUGGGAUAUUUGUCGGACCGCUGGAGACAUUUGAGUUCGAUAAAUGCCAUGAUUUUAACAUACUUCUUGAAUUCCUCGUUCUUUGUUACAAUUGUCAGGUUUGGAAGACAAUUGAUUGCAGGAGGAGGAAAUUAUUUGACUUGGCAAAAGGGAACAUUCUAUACUCAUUGGUUCAGGCAUGCGGAUGAAUUAUCAAUGUGUACCAAGAUAGUUGAGGCUGAUCUUGCAUUGAAUGGAGGAGGACCAUCAGGUGGGGAAUCUAGCCCUGAAUUAAUUGAAGAAUUAUGCCGUACUGAAGAUGAGCUCUAUGAUACACAUACAUUACAACCAGGCUAUACGAGAGACGGUAAAAAGAUCAGAUUAAUGGAAGCCAAAGACAACCUAGAUGAUAUCAAAAUGCAAGCUUAUUGGAUGAGUGGUGGUGAUGGGUUCGAAUGGGUUGAACCUGAUCAAGAUCCUGCCGAUUUAAUUUGGAAGCAACACCUAGCUAAAUUUGACAAGCCUAUGUUAAAUACCGAUAAUUCUACGAAAAACAUAAAAUGGGCUGAAGAAUUAAUUGAAGAAAAGUAG